CUAGCAGGUCUAGCAUCUAGCAAUUGAAAGGCGUAGAAAGAAUUCAUUUCAGGCGAAACAACAGGUAUAGGGACGAUUUUCGAGUAAGGACGCAAGACACAAGGAAAAAUAUACAAAAUGGCAGAGGAAAUCCAUAAUCUGUACGAUACGAUCUUGAUCUUGGAUUUUGGGUCGCAAUACUCACAUUUGAUCACGAGGAGAUGUCGAGAGCUCAAUGUAUAUUGCGAGAUGUUACCCUGUACUCAAAAGAUCAAAGAUUUGAAAUGGAAACCUAAAGGAAUCAUCCUCUCCGGCUCACCUUACUCCGUUUACGCACCCGAUGCACCUCACGUCGAUCCGGAUGUGUUCCAAGUCGGUGUACCCGUCUUAGGUAUCUGUUAUGGUCUCCAAGAAAUUGCCCGGAGUCACGGUGGGAAUGUUGAGGCGCAUAGUCAUAGAGAAUAUGGAUAUGCCAAGAUACAUGUGGAGAAGACUGGACAUGGACAUGCUGAUAAGUUAUUUGAGGGGAUUGAGAUGGAUGAGGAGGGGGGCAUGCAGGUCUGGAUGUCCCACGGCGACCAACUAACUUCUCUCCCACCUCAUUUCAUCACCAUAGCUUCCACUCCCACUUCCCCCUACACCGCCAUCGCACACGAGUCUGAACAGAUAUAUGGUGUUCAAUUCCACCCUGAAGUUUCACACAGUCCCAAAGGUAAAGAAGUCAUCGGAGCGUUUGUCAGAAAUGUGUGCGGUAUCUCCGGUGGGUGGAGUAUGGAUUCAUUCAUCCCUAAAGAGAUUGCUAGAAUACGAGAAAUCUGCGGGGAAAAAGGUCGAGUCAUAGGUGCUGUCAGUGGUGGUGUCGACUCCACCGUUGCUGCUAAACUCAUGCAUGAAGCUAUAGGCGAUCGAUUUCACGCUUUUAUGGUAGACAACGGCGUGUUGAGAAAAGAUGAAGCUCAAAAAGUACAUAAAAUGUUAACUGUCGAUCUUGGCGUAAAUCUCACAGUCAUCGACGCAUCCGAACUUUUCCUUUCUCGUCUCAAAGGUGUCGAAGAUCCAGAAAGAAAACGUAAAAUCAUCGGAAAUACCUUUAUCGAGGUUUUCGAAGCUGAAGCGUUGAAAUUGGAAAAUGCAGCUGAGAAAGAAUUAGAUGAAAAAGGUGGAGAAGCAAAAGGAAAGAUUGAAUGGUUACUUCAAGGUACUUUGUAUCCAGAUGUCAUCGAGUCUAUCAGUUUUAAAGGACCCAGUGCGACGAUAAAGACUCAUCAUAAUGUGGGAGGGUUGUUGGAGGAUAUGAAAUUGAAGUUAAUUGAGCCUUUGAGAGAGCUUUUCAAAGACGAAGUCCGCGCCCUAGGUCGAUUACUCAAUAUCCCGGCACAUCUCGUUGGACGUCAUCCCUUCCCCGGUCCAGGUCUCGCAAUCCGUAUUCUCGGAGAAGUCACCCGAGAACAAAUAAGUAUCCUCCAACAUGCAGACGACAUUUAUAUCGAAGAGAUUCGCGCCGCAGGUUUAUACGAUCAAAUUUCACAAGCUUUCGUAGCUCUUUUACCUGUCAAAGCGGUCGGUGUAGCAGGGGACGCUAGGACAUAUGAUCAAGUGGUAGCUUUAAGAGCUGUAUCGACGGAAGAUUUCAUGACUGCUGAUUGGUUUGUUUUCCCACCUCAGGUGUUGAAGAAGAUUUCCUCGCGGAUAACUAAUGAGGUGAAAGGUGUCAAUAGAGUAGUGUAUGAUAUAACUUCGAAACCUCCAGGGACUGUCGAAUGGUUAUGAAUUGUCAGGAUUUAAUGCUUCAUUAGAGUACAAAUCCUU